GUAGGUCUGAAUCAGAGCAGGCGGUAGAGAGACAGGGAUUGAGGGGAAGAAAAUAAAUGUGUGAUGAGUGAGGGAGGGAGUAGUUUGUUUCGCAAACAUACAUGUAUAUACAACCCGGACAAGAGUGGAAGGAAAACAGGUGGAGGACACAAAAAAGGACAAUAUUGCACAAAUAUAUACUGAUACAAAGCAAGACAUGGAGUUGUGUGAGAUUUUAGAUCAGAAGCAUAUUCUAGACUGCCGUGGUAAUCCAGGACACAAUCAGUGCUGAGAACUAAAGAGGUCAUCACAACCUCACACAGACAUAUGGACAAGAUGGGGGCCAGUCGUCCACUACCUAAUGCGCCCAAGGACUCACUAAGUGCUGCAAUAGAGGCCAUCAGUGUGAGCACAGAACUUGUCGAGGAGGAACUAAAGCCAUAUUUGGACACAGUACUCAAUGUUGCCAUAGAAAGAAAGAAAGGCAUAUCAGAGCAGGUGGUAGAAAGUGGGAUUCUGCCUGUUCUGGCUCAGAUUUUAAGAAGAAAGAGCACACUCACUACUCACACUGCCAGACUGGUAGCUGAACUGGCCAGAGAUGCUCCUGUGAGAGAGCAAUGCUUUGAGACAGGCAUUGUGUCUGCCCUUGUGACCUUACUGCUAAGCCAAGACCAGGACCUUCUCCUUCACGUUAGCCAGGCCAUCGCCAGGAUUUGCUAUGACAGCAACUUGCAGCAGGAGCGAUUCCUGAGGCUCGGAGCUGUCCCACGACUGGUGUCGGUUCUUCUCCAGUACAGUGAGAACGAGGCACUGCUGAGCUCUUGCCUUCUGGCCCUUUGUAACCUGGCCGACAUGGGCGAAGAAGAUGGCACCAUGCUCUCCUGGGAGGAAGCGGCAUAUUUUGGCGAGGGGGAGCGGGUUUUCCGUGGCACCUCACGGUACUCUUUCGGCUUCUCUUCAGCUGUGAUGGUGGUCAGGCUGAAACAGUGGACUAACGGCCAGUACUCUGUGGCAGUAGAAGUGCUUCGAAGGUGCUCCACAAUGCUGUGGGGUGCAAAAAACGGCCACCAGACUGGACACCGCUUACCGAACUUUGCCCACCUAGUCAGCUGCCCCAAAUUGUAUAAAGUUAUCAAAUGCUCAGUGAAGAACAUACCGAGAAACAGGAAUCUGAGGGCAGCAGUGCUUCAUACCCUCUUGUGAGGCUUCAUCGUAGUGCUUUUGGACUCA